UCAAAACAAUAUUGUUGUAAAAUAAUUGCUAGCAUUAUGUUGUGGACGAAAAUUGCACAAAUUUUAACCGAUAACAGUGCUUUAGAUAAUUAAAAAAUCAUGUUGAAAACAGUCGACAAGUGCCCGGGCCUUUACUGUGGUCGAACAAUACUGGAGAAUGCGUCGCUCAGCGAUUGUGGUGCAUGUUUGCGUGGUUUUCGCGUAAACGACCAGUUUGUGUGUGCUCCGUGCCAAAAUGAUCUGAGCGAACAUGACUGGUUGUACCUGGGAUUUAUGGCCAUUCUACCGUUGAUAAUUCACUGGUUUUGUAUAGAUUUGAAUGCUCAACAGCGAAAGUUUACCAGAGGCGAAUUAAUACUGCAUGCAAGUGCAUGCAUCGAGGUGUUCCUGUCAGCCGUUCUCACUAUACUGUUCACGGAUCCCAUUUGGGAGCUCCGAAUCAAUUCCUGUGGUGUACGAAAGCUAUCCGAUUGGUACACUUUGUUUCAUAAUCCCACGCCUAACUAUGAAACAACCUUAUACUGCACCCAGGAGGCGGUUUACCCGUUGCAGACAAUGAUUUUCUUGUUUUAUCUUUUCUGCAUCACUUUCAUGAUGAUCAUCCGACCGGCGCUUAAUAUCAAGUAUCUUCCUUUUCGAGGGAAGAUGGCUGUUUAUUAUGCGCUUUACAUUUUUCCAAUACUGUCACUAUUGCAUGCUGUAGCAGGAGGACUAAUUUAUUAUUCUUUUCCUUACUUGAGCAUCGUAAUCUCAGUCGUGUCGAACGCUCUGCACUUCUCGAUAAAGCUUGACCAGACGAUGAAAUCUUUGCUGGAAACGUCAGUCACCCAAAUGCGCAAUGUGACCAUCAUCCUUGGCCACUGGCUACUGCUGGCGUACGGAAUCAUUUCGAUACCAUACGAUAUUUCGUAUUUUUCGCUGAUGCUCGUACCGGUGCCAGCAUUGUUUUACAUUUUUACAGCUAAGUACACCGAUCCCGACAAUUUCAAGUAGGAUCUUUGGAGAGUGAUAUUAAUGCAAAAUGUACGAGAGAGAACAAUUCUGUGACUGUAGUCUUUAAGUUAAUAUAUUUUAUUUUGUUGUAAA